GCCACCUGCAUAUACUUAACUUUAAAAUGCUGUGACAUGUAAAUAUAUAUUAUUUAAUACUCCAUACUUACAUACAUCGGUAUACCUACGCCAUCCGUUGGGGCGUGGACUGGUCAGCUUGGCCAGCAGAGCUAAGAAACAGGGUGAGCGAGCAGAGAGUGAGGUGAAGCUGUAGGCGAGUAGGUACAUAAGUACAUUCAGGUCUAGCCCAACUGCCUACAUGGGUAUUCUCAUAUGCCCUACCUACUCUGUCUAUUUAGGUUAGGUACAUGCGGACUUGCACUUACAUAAGGAACAUGUGCCCCUCAACGCGCUUUGGGAAGACUGGACGCGUGAAGUCAUAGAUAAGAAUUUUAUGAGGUACCUUCUAGCGGGUUUACUGAAGGAAGGUACCUACCCCAGCUAUAAUCACUUCGUGCCAGUACAGAACAGCGCGCUAAUCAAUCAAUCCAUGUACCAAAGGUAGGUAUCUACAUACCUAUGUGUGUAUGGGAGAUAAUAUCGAGUACCUACAGUAUAUCGCUUCAUUUGUCUACCUGUUGCUCUCCCGGGACUUUAAUCAACAUCGUUCGGCGGUUUCUUUCUUUUUUUCUUUUACUGGUAUUGUUUCUACGUACAUGGCGUAUCUCUCAGUCUCUAAUUCACAUGUCUACAAGUGUGCAGGAUUCAGACGCGUCGCGUCUGCCGCUGGCGAUUGCGUCUUCCUGCACCGACUCUCCUUUUCGUCAUGGCAGUAAAAUCACAAGCUCGCCAUGCGAAACCAGCAGGUCAAAACUCGGUGAUUCCCCAGCCAUGCAGGAACUCCUUCGUCCGUUGAUCGUCAUCAAGCCGCAUCCUCCAAAACUCACCAUUAAACCUCGUAGUCUCCAACCAUUGAUGCUUCUACCGCGCGAACACCUCCGUCUCUCAUUCUUAGAUCUCUCUUCACCGUAUGGGAGCUUCGAGUCUUCAGCCUCCUUCGAGGCCAAUGUCAGGAUUUUAGAACUCGAAAGUCGCAUGGGCAACCGACCAGUUGUUUUGAUCGCUCGACUUGAGAGCAACAGAAGUGUCUAUGCCAUUGAACGCCAGGCCAGUGCUCUGUAUGCUCUGUGUCACUUGGGUUCCUGGGUUGAUCUUGAACAGCUUAGUGAGCUGGCCACUGUCUCCUGUCCAGCCUUGAUACGGCAACAGCCACUACUGCCCCUAGCACCAGUGGCACAAGCACCCCUGACGACCCCUCAAAUAUCCCACACCAACAAGAAGAGGCGCCUUGCCAUAGAAGCUAUUCAGUCUCUUGUCAAAAAACCAACAAGAUCCCGGUCUAUAUCUGCAGUGUCCCAAGCUGGAGAUUUGAGACCGCCUACACCUAUUCAAAGAGGCGGUACAGCUGAUGUAGACAGCGUAGCAAGAAUCCACGAUGUACCAGCCCCUGGCGACUCUACUCAAAAGCUAGGUACAGAGACGCGUAUUGAUGCGUCACAUGAUCAGGACGAGACACUCGAUAUUCCCACUGCUGAGGGUCUCUUUGACAACAUUCGAAAUCAGUAUUUUGAAGCUCUGUAUCAUUCAAUGGGGUCUUUAGCAUACUUCGCCAAAGGGCCGCUAUCUCGAGCGCGUGCUGCUUUUCAUCUAGAUUGCGACUCCACAUUAGAAAUGAGUGAUCUAGUGGAGUUCCUCAAAGGCUUGAUUAUGACAACGGCUCAAAUUGACAAGAAAUACCGCGAGGCAGUCCCAGGAAUCCAGUCAGAAAUGAAGGCGGUUAUCGAAGAUUCUGAGGUGGAGCAAGAACAAGGGAAAAGCAAACCAAGGAAAAGAAAAGCUAAGAAGAUGAAGAUUGGAAAGGAUGGUUUGUACCCUGAUGAAGAUGGACAUGUCCGAAGAUGGUGGGCCGUCCAUAAGCCUUCCCCUAAUGACGAUGAAGAGUCGUCGACUACAAAGUCCACCGAACAACAAGAUACCAAACUGCAGACAUCCAUGUUACGGUCUCGAGAAACGCAGCUACAGAUGAUAAUAAUUCUAGAGAUCCUCUCCUUAGAGCCCAUGGUGACUCGGGAAAGCACGAAUGAGUCGCAGCUCCCAGGCAUGCCUCCUGUGGGAGAGCCCUUAGAUUCGCCCAAAGACCUUCCGCCCAAGAAACGAAAUAAACACAACCUUCCAUUUCUCCUCGAUGUGCAUGCCGAUCGACUAUGUAUUUGGCAUUCUACAGCGUUGGAUGAAAUCAAUAUAAAUGAGUCUCAAGCUGGCUCCAGACCAGAUUCACGAAGAUCUUCCAAGUCCACCUCUGAUCCUCUCAAAGAUUUCUGCGUCGAUAUCAUCGUGCCAUUCUUCUCAGCAAGGCUUCCCGAACAAUGUGACUCAAUUAACAAGAAGCUCGGCGGCCCGGUAAUGAUGCCUCCCAAAUCAGCUCGUAAAACUGACGUAACGCCCAAGGCGAAAUCCAAACCCGGUGGCGUAGCAAAGCGUCCGUUACUUUCGAAAUCCACCCGGAACCUUGAAAGUUUUCUUUCUAAAGAGACGGAAAGGAAUCGUCGAAGCAUGUCUCGCGGUCCGAGCGGAGCAAUCGCUUUGAUGCGAUCCGCAAGCACACCAACCAUACCCUUAUUGAAGCGAGAAGCGAGCGAGCCGUUAUCCUUGGCGAGCAUACCAAAAGCGGAUGCGAGCACAUCGCAAGGUCAACAUUCGUCGUAUACUGACCCGAUGGCUGCUAAGCGCAGAGCGGAGAACAAGCAGAAAAGAGAUGCUUUCGUAAAAGCAGAACUGCAGUCUGCUAUCUCCACAUUAAGGCGACCGAACAGAGAGAGUGUUGGGAAAGCCAUGGCCGAGGCAGAUGAGAGGCGGACCGUUACAAGUCUAUCACAACUCAGAAAAUCUAGGAAACCAACACAGUACAACAGAUUCCAGAAUGUUGUUAAAGCAACACCAAUUGGAUCCCGGUUCCAUGAUAUCUUGGCAAAGGAGCGUGACUCGCAGUCAUCAAUGUCGCAACGAUUCAAUGUGAUAGAAGAGGAGCAGAUUCUACCAUCUUCGUCAAUGGUACCAUCAUCAGCGCCCAGGAAGCGGAGUCGGGAAGCAGCUUUUGGAAGUGAGCCAGCAGCACAGUCAGUGCUCGUUACAACAUUGCCGGCGGAUCAUAUCAUAGCGACACCUGCAAAAACAACUGCCUUUGCCUGCAACUCCCUCUCUGCACCUCAGCCUGAUGAAGGGCUCGUCCUGGCAUCAUCGCCCGUAAUGUCCCGAAAAUUUCCCCAACCGAUCUUUGCGGCCAAAUCUAGACCUGCUACAUUAGGGCAUAGAGACAGUGGUAUCGAAAUGCCCCAAUCUCCGGGUGAAGCUAAUGUCUUGACCGAGACGCCCGUAAAGCUGUUACAGAACAACUCCAUUGCUUCACUGGACCAUUAUGUUACUAUAACCCCUCUGAAGAAAAGGAUGCUGAGUAACGGCGAUGAUGUAUCUAUAAAUAUGAAUAAGACAAACAACAACGCCAAGGAUAACGUCGAAAACAAAAAGGGUAAGAAGAUGACUAUAUUUGAGCGAUUAGGGUGGGACGACGAUUACGACGAUCUAGCAUAGUCGAUCAUGUGGAUUUAUAUACGAAAGAUCAUCGCAAACCAUAAGAGAAGAGCCAAAAAUUAAUGGAAUUGCGAAGAAAUGAGGAGGCGAGGGUUCAUAGAUUAUCAGCAUGAGAAAACACGAGUGAUGAAGCGCUACGAAUCGAGCAUUUACGGCAUUAGCACGGCAAGCAUGGAAAGGGGCUUUGGACGUUUCAAGCAGGGUUUCUAAAGAGGAUAUAAAUAUUUGCAUGUCUCCUCGCAUAUUCGCCGAUAGCGAAUGAAAGGAGUUGAGGGUUCAAGGGGCUACAAUAUUUGUUUACUUAGCAUGGUUAGAAGAUAAAAUAAUUUGGUGGCUUGGUCUCUGGACACUUGCUUGCU